AGUCGGUCGCUGACGGCCCGGGCGGCGGCAGGCCCGGCCGGAACGGUGUGCCGCGCCCGCACAGCUGCGUGUCGAGCGUGACGGUUUCGUGACUGUUCCGUGACGGUUUCGUGACUGCUGUGUGACGCGGCGGCCGGCGACGCAGACCGGGGCUGCGGCCUGGCGCCGCCAGCCGCACCUGUGCCGGCCGCGAACGGCGGCGGCACGCACGAAACGGUGACUGGCGGACGACCAGCAGUGAUCUGCCAGAGACGUCCGGCGACCCACCGCGUCGCCGCCACCCCCUACGACCUUCCACGAAGCGCGCCGGUCGCCGAUCGCCCCCGGCGCUGAGGCUGCACCGCGGUCGGACCGGUUUUUGUGUGCGGAGCCGGGCGGAGUGGACUCCGAGCGCAGUGCUGUGCUGAGGAAUAGACAGGAGGGCGUGCCCGUCGGUCACGUGGCUCACAGUGGACUCGUGAGGUGCGCGAGCGGUGCUGGAUGGUAGCGCGCGGGCGGCUCGUGUCCUCCCCAUCUCUCCUCUCGCGCUCCAGGCUCGACUAUGCCCACGAGCUCUCCGUCCAAUGUAACGCCGAAGGAGAAUCCGCCAAACAGUAGUGCCACGCCCACGGCCAAGUCGCCGCCCACGUCGUCCGCUGCCACCGCGAAAGAGAAAGACAAGAAGCCCGCCGGUGCCGCCUCUGGGAAGGGAAGUAUGGGCGCCCGGCUGAGCACGACGCCUGGCUCAGCCGGAAAGGCGCCAUCGACGGCAUCGGCGUCAUCGACGCACACGGCGUCAACGGUUCCGGCCGACACCGCUGAGGCCAAGGCCAAGUCCAAGUCCGGGGGAGGCGUAGCCAGCUUCCUUCGUCGGAAGCCGUCUUCCAAAGAGUCCGCUGCUGGCCCCAGUUCGGGCGCCGGAGCCAAGAAAGAGUCGAAAAGGGGAGUGGGAAGCUCUCUCCGCACUUCUCUGUUCAAACGCAACACCAAGAGUAAGAACGGCACGGACGCUCCGGCGCCUGCGGCAAGCCCAGCGACAGGGGCAUCCACCUCAUCUUCCACUUCGGCCGCGGCAGAGCCUGCGGGUGCGAGUGCAUCAACGAGCUCGGCCUCCACGUCCAAGCCUCCGAGUGGGGCCAGCGCCUCGGCUGGUAAGGACCGCGCCUCACCUGAAAAGGGACGUGUGUCACCAACGAAAGGACGCGCCUCCCCGGAGAAAGGACGCGCCUCCCCGGAGAAAGGACGCGCAUCCCCGGAGAAAGGACGCACAUCCCCAGACAAGUCCCCAGCCGGGAGGGGCGCCUCGCCACCAAAGACCCAACGGCCGUCGUCUCGAACCGACGCAUCGCCGGGAGAUUCGACCAAGAAGUCGCCAUCACCCCGACUGGGAGGUACAGCUGCUGCCGGGCGGUCUAAUCAGGCGCUCACUCCAGAGCGGAAGGAGGCGCUGAAGAAGCAGUGGUUUACUGAUGGAAAGCCGCUGCCAGAGCCCGCCGGUCGGGGUCGAGCCACUAGCAAGACAGGAGCGGGAGCAGUCGCUGGAUUGCGCACAGAGCCGCGAUCUCGGCCGGGACCGGGAGAGACGGUGGGCCCGCCGGCCGCCGCCAGUCGCGUCACCGGCUCAGCUUUCAACGCCGCUGCCGCAAAGUUCGGCGGAGUGAAGACGCCAGCCAAGCCACGAGCGGGUAGUCCCAAGAAGUCUGACAAGUCUCCUACCAACCCCAAGAAGGCAACCGAAACACCUGGCAGUCCCAAAAAGACCACUGGCGUUUCCAGCAAUCCCAAGAAGUCCGUUGGAGCUCCGGGUAGCCCAAAGAAAUCGGAACGGACUGCUGAAAAUCCCACGAAGUCUGAACCCGCACCCAAGCAAGAAGCUGCGAAGGGACUGGACGAUUUGAUGGAUGCCAUGUCAGGAUUUAAAACCGAAGCUGGUAAAACCAACGGUGCGAAUGCUAAAGAGGAGAAAGAAAGUAAGUCUGAAUCCAAACCGCCCACAGAAGAGGAGCUUGUGACGUCUACAGUAAGUAGCAGCCUCAACGCCAAGUCCGAAACCAAAGCCCCUGCGUUGGGAGGUGGACUUGAUGACUUAAUGGGGGCUAUGGAGGGCUUCAACCCGGACGGAUCCAAGACAAAUGAGUCGAAUAAGGACUCCGGUAUUAGCUCACCAGACGAAAAGAAGACUGAUUCUGGUAUUAGCUCACCAGACGAAAAGAAGACUGAUUCUGAGAAAGGAGAUAACAAAGCGUCCUCGGCAGUCUCUGUGAAAGAUGAAUCGAAGACCUCCGAUGAAAAGGGAGGUGCCAAAGGCGAUAAUGUGAAAACCAAUGAUGAAAAGCAGCGUUCGGUAGGUGUAAAGAAGGAUGACAAACAAGAGGACAAUAAUGCAAAGAAUGCUGUUGGAAGCGACGCAAAAGCUGGUUCUGGAGAUUCGAAAGAGAAGGACAAAGCUAGCGAUCUGAAAGGGGAUGAUUUUGCCGGCGAUGCUCUAGAACCUAAGGCUGAAAAGACUUCGACGUGGCGGCACGGUGAUACUGACAGUGGUGAGCUGGGAUUGGGUGGAAUUUCUCAGAAAGACCGAGAGGAACGUGCUCAUCGGCCCAGCGCCCCCAAGGACGAGACGGCUGACCUGGACUUCCUCAUGGGACAAAUCGACACCGCACCCAAACCACCGAUAUCCAAAUCCAAAACUCCUGAGAAAGAACAUUCGCCAAAAGCUAAAAAGAAACCUGCUGAAAAGGAUGCUGGCCUAGAUGACCUAAUGGACCUAGCAAAGGGCUUUGACAUGUCUGCAAUGCCAAAAUCCGAGCCCGUUGUCGCCAAGGCUUCUGCGGCGCCCGAGGUUGCUCCAUCUGACAUGGACAAGUUCCUGGACAUGAUGGACACAGUGCCGGAGAAGCGGACAGCGGCUCCCACAGGACCUCCUGUCGAAGAGGAGCAGUUGAUGAAGAAGGACACGUGGCGUACCGGUGACGGAGAUGAUGAGGCGAUGAUCGCGCUGAUGAACAAACCGCGAGACAAGGACGCUCCGAGCCAGGCGCCCGACUGGGACAUCGAUGAUCUGCUCGUCGGCAAGGCGACGAAAAAGUCAGAUGCUAAGCAAGACAACACUGCGCCUGAGAAGGAAACGUCCGUGAAGAAACCCGACGCCGGAGCAUUCUCAGGAUUUGAUGACUUCAUUGGUGAUUCCUUGUCCGGUGACGGUAAAAAAGACAAACCUGUCGAAUCCUUAUCGGGCAAAGAUGCUGCGUCUGUGGACGAUUCAAAGAAAGACACUGACAAAGCCUCAGAGGAUAAACAAACUGAUAAAAAUGCAGACAAGAAAUCAACAGAUAAGAAACCUUCCAGCGGAGAAUUCGCUGCUUUUGAUGAUUUCCUGAGUGGAUCGUUUGACGCUGCUGGAGACAAAAACAAAACUGUUGAUAAACCGGAAGAAGUUGCCGAUAAGAAAUCGACAGGAGGCGAGCUGUCCGCCUUUGAUGAUUUCCUCAGUAGCUCACAAUCUGGUAAGGAGUCUGCUGUCGGACUGCCGGUAGAUGAACCUGUUGCAGCCCCCAAAAAGGCGAGUGCCGUGGACUCUGCGCCUCCUGUUCAUGCUGAGGAAGAAAUCGUCUCCGCCGUCUCUGCCUCUCAGACAACUGCUGCGCCGACCAAACCCAAACCGGCGCUGGACAAGCACAUAUCGAAGGAGGGCGACACUCGGGGCAGUGUGCCGGAACAUGGACAUGGUUUGCGGGAUCUCCUCUACGACGACAAAGACAAAACUGGCACCAAACCUUCUGCACCACGAGAGGACCCCAAGUCCCGCGAACCGGCCGUUCUUGACGAUCUGAUUCGGCCGGCUAAGGCGUCAACGACGGCAUCUGCUCCGCCUUCCUCCAACAAGGAAGAGACGGUUGUGGCUCAAGCAGCAUCCACUACCGAGGCUGGCAAACCAUCUGGUAAGAAGGUUACGGAUGAACACCGGGAGAAGCCCGGGAACACCCGAGGCAGUGUUCCAGACCACGGGCAUGGUGUUCGAGAUGUUCUGUAUGAUGAUAGCGACAAGACUGGCCGCAGAAAGUCGGACUCGAAAGAUGACUCUAAGUCUCACGAGCCUGCUCCCCUGGAGGACCUGAUCCAGCCGAAGAAAGCAGCAGCGUCACAUGCAGCCCCGGGUGAGGCCCACGCGCCAAGCUCGGGGGAUGAGGAUGAAGAGGAGGAGUCGAUAUCCGCAGAGACAGCGCACCAGACACAGGCCUCCGGCCAGGCAGGUGGUAAGAAAAAGCGGAGGUCGAGAAAGAAGAAGCAUGCAAAGGAAGGAGACAUCCGAGGUAGUGUUCCCGACCAUGGGCACGGUGUGAGAGAUGUGCUUUAUGACGACAGCGACAAAACCGGUCGGAAAAAGACACCCUCCGAAAGCAAGGGCGACGACAAACAUCGAGAACCAGCCGCCUUUGAUGACCUCAUCCAGCCAAAGAAGGCUGCAGCAUCUCAUGCUGCUCCGGCCGCGCGUUCAUUCAGUCCUGAGUCCAAGCAGACGGAAGAAGCAGUCACGGCGAGCACGGCGCAUGAGUCACAAGCGGCUGCCCCAGCCGGUGGGAAGAAUGCAAACAAGAAGAAGCAAGCGAAGGAGGGAGAUACCCGAGGCAGCGUACCAGAUCACGGACACGGUGUAAGGGAUGUGCUAUACGACGACAAAGACAAGACUGGUCGGAGGAAAUCGGAAUCCAAGGACGACUCAAAGGCGCGGGAUCCAGCGCCUUUGGACGAUCUCAUUCAGCCCAAGAAGGCUGCUGUGUCUCACGCCGCUGCUCCCGCCAAGAAGAGCUCUUCUCGGUCGCCCAGUCCCGAGGAGGAGGAAGAGGACGAGAUAUCCGCAGAAACAGCGCACCAGUCUCAGGCUGCAGGCCAGGCAGGCGGCAAGAAGAAGCGGAGGUCAAGGAAGAAGAAGCACGCGAAAGAGGGAGACACCCGAGGUAGCGUUCCCGAUCACGGGCACGGCGUCAGAGAUGUGCUAUACGAUGACAGUGACAAGACUGGCCAAAAGAAGUCGGACACGAAGCAGGACACCAAGCGGACGGAGCCCGAGCCUCUCGAGGACCUGAUCCGUCCCGCGCAGGCGUCACAUACCGCCUCUGCGCCUCCCUCCAGUAAGGACACCUCCGCAGCGAGCCCGACCGGCGCGGAGCAGCCGCUGGUGGCGGAGAGGGCGGGCACGACUCACAGUGCGCCGCCGGCCGCCGCGCGCGCCUCCCCCGAGCGCCAGGAGCCGGCCAGGAAGAGCCUCUCACUGGCGGGGAUGACCGACCCCGACCAGGAGGACUCGGACGACGGAGAGGAACUGAGACGGCUGAUAGCCUCUACGGAGGCCCUGCAGGCGCAGCUGUACAACACUAGGCACGGCGAUAGUAAACAGGCUGAGGCUGUGCAGCAGGAGACUGUCCAGGAGCUGGAGCGGCUGGAGCGCAGCCUGGAGCAGCGCGAGCGGCGCCUGGAGUCGGCCGGCCGCGGUCAGGAGGUCAAGGCCGCCAAAGAGGGGCUCCAGAAGGUCAAGGAACAGCUGGACGUGAGUCGAGCCGAGACCGCCGCGAAACACUAGUCUGAGAUGAUGUCGGAAGGACAGACACAGCGGUGGUUGAACCGCUAGAGAGCCCCACGCGCGGACAAAUGCUCUGAACUAGCCUGGUGGUGUGGUGGGCGGUGCGGACUUGUGUCGCGGGACGCUCUGAGCAGAGGGGACUCAGAAAACCCCUGUGGCGUGCAGGAUGGAAGAGAAUCCCAGCACCCCGCUAUCCGUUGGUGAGAGAAGUGACUUUGUUGCGUCCCAGGAAGCUUUUACACCAGCGGGUCAGUGACGGUGAGGGACGCUGGUGUCACGCGAAACCGCAAUCACAUGUGCGUCGGUGCGCCUUCCCGCAAAUGAUAUUGCCCGCUACGCAGCAGAGUGUUUGCAGAUAAGACUGGAGUGUCGCUUCUUCUAUCGGUGAGUGUGUCGCCUUGGAGUGCGGUGUAGGGGCUUUUCCGCUGGUGGUUGAUUGCAAGAAGUGUGUGAGAUAUUAUGGAUUUCCACCGAUAGUGGAAUUACUCUAGGAAUGAUGGGAUGGGUAUGCCUUACAAUAUGGAUGAUAGUUAUUUUUAUCAAGCAAGCUUAAAGUAACAAAGCCGUGCCCCAUAUAUUUGCCUGAUGUAUGCUAUAUGCUGCGCUCCCCGUAAACAUCUCAGCCUGUUCCUCUUCCAGCCACUAUAACUGGUACCGUUUCCCGAGACAAUACCGUGCUAGAUUUUAGCGGCUCUUUAACGCAGUACAACUGGUGUCGCCCUUCCCUUGAAGAGGCGGCACUAUCUUCCUCCUGUUCAAAACCAAAACGGUGCGUCAGAUUGCAAAGUCUUCUUGGGAUACUGUCUGGUAGUAAUGGCACACGUGCAUGGUUUUAAUUUCAGUUUCAUCGUUCUCAUAGAUCACGCUGGCGAAGGACUUUGUUUUCCUCACUGAUUAAGGCAAUAAUGUUCGCUUGCUGAUGCGAUGCGGCUUGACCUGCCGCGCUACCCCGACUCUCGUCCGAACCUCGUGCCUUUUCUGUUGUGUGUUUUGCUGAGAGUGCUUGUUAUGAUAGCUGUUGAAUGUUUAUUUGUAGUCACAUAGCAUUGAUUGUCGAUGUGUUAUAUCGUAGCUUUUUGCGCGUCACAAAGUUUUUUUUCGAGAUUCCCACCAUAGCUGAAGGCGGGCCUGUUCUUUUUUAGCUCAGAUGAUACGCAAUUAAUAUGCCUUUUGUUGGGUGGUGUACAGUGCUUAGUUUGCUCGCGUGUUUGCGAUAUUCGCAGUCGCGAAUUGUGCAUUGGUCCUGGUUAAAAGUCUUGCUGUGAACGGCUUUAUGUGUGCGGCGUAGAAGGCUUACGCUGGGCUUCGCUCCCUCCUAGCUCUUAGGAGACGUCCUCCCGCCUUGUUGCAACCCUCUGUGAUUUUGAAGUGAGUCAUGCUUUGUCACAAAUUGUCGCCCGAUCUUAGGGAGGCCUGCUCUACACAGAAAUAAAUUUAACAAUUUUC